AUGCCGGCUCAUCGAGACCCUGUGCUUGGAAUUCGUCGUCUGAAGGCACCGAAUGCGUUCUCUGCUGACUUUUUCUCCUGGUCUCGCAAUGGUUCCGUGAAUUUCUGGGAAGCCAAAGGAAAAUGUCUACAAUCCAGGAUGGUGCCAUUCGAACAAGACCUGUCGAUUGAAGAUGAUAUCGCAAAUGAACUGAAGGUCUUAAGGGCUGGGGACAAUGUGGAUUGGUUCGUCUCAGGAGACAAACUCGGAGUUCUCAGACUUCUUUCGCGGGAGCCCUGGGCUUGCGUCAAUGAGGCUCGCGCUCAUGGGACCGAGAUUACGGAUAUCGCCAUCCACUCUACUCCCGAUUCUUGUCUAGUGGCCAGCUCUGGCCGAGAUCGCACGGUGCAACUGUUCGAGAAGAGAGAUAACGAACUGCAAUUGAUCCAGACCAUGGACGACCAUGUUGGGGCAGUGAGUCAAAUAUUGUUCAUGAACGACGGCGAGAAACUGCUGUCGAGCUCUGCGGAUCGCACCAUUCUCGUUCGGGAGCGGGCAACACGAGAUGUAGAUGGAACAACUUCUGUUGCCUACCUCGUAUCCAGAGUCAUUACCCUCAAAUCGUCUCCCGUUUCCAUGACUCUCUGUCCUGAUGACUCGAACCUGCUUUUUGUAUCGACUAUGGACCGCUGCAUUCUCAAAUUUGACAUACCCUCGGGACGACAGCUUCAUUGCUUCCGAUCAUCUGAUUCGGAAGCAACCGAUGCUGUUAUAAUGAGUGCUUUGACUGUUACGUCAGAAAUUCCAGGCCAGUGCCCAAAGCUUUUACUUGGAGUUUCCAGCACGGACAAGUCCAUCCGCGUAUAUGACCUAGAGCGAGAUCAGUUGCUCACUGGAGAGUUUGGGCACACAGAAGGUGUUAGUGAUGUGUUGCUUCUAGAGGAUUCCGAUGAGUCUGAUAAGUCCGUUCCCAAACGGAACUUGGUUUCGGCGGGUAUGGAUGGUAUCUUGAUGAUCUGGAAUUUAUCGGUGCAACAACAAAUUUCACAAGACCUCCAGAACGGGCGAGAUGAUGAAGGCCCCGUGAAGGAAAUGACAGCAGCAAAACCACCCUUACGAAAGGUUCUUUCGAGGAGUGAACUGGCUGGAUUCCGACCAGAGAACCCUUUGGGAACCCCUACACCUGUUCGUGAGCUCUCUCCGACAUUGGCAAGAAAAAUGUCAAAAUUGUCCUUGACACCAUCAAGUCUCAAGAACCACUCUCUUGCUGAGACACCAUCUCCUCCAAAUCGCCGCUCGCCUACAUGCUUCACCCCGACCGAUCAAAGCCGCCGGUCACCAUCUCCAGUUAGCCCAAAGACAAGGACAUCAACCUAUAAGAAGCCAAGCAGUGCACGAAACACCAACCGCCGGACAUCUAUGGACUACCGCUCGCGCGCCAAAACUCCUAGCCGAAGCGAAUUUGGCAGUCUGGACAUGUCCACUGAGCAGGUGUGCCGAACUCUAAGAGCAUAUCGCAAAAAGCUCAACGGCUCAAGUCAGCAAAUGAAAGCUCAAAAAGAGCUUGAGCGUGAAUUGAACCUUACCCUUCGUGCUGUGAGCGCGCGGUCUCAGACCAGCGAUGAGAGCGGCGAGACCGAGACCGAUAGCAGUGGCAAAGACAUGGACCGGAAGCCGAGCUACUCAUCAAUGUCUUCUCGCUCUCCUCGCAUGCCUCGCCAAGCGCCCUCCACCCCGGUGCUACGCCAUACAGGCGCUCGUGAGGGUUCGAGAAGCCGGUCUUUCGAUGCAAAUGCCGAUGAUUGA